AACUUAUAAACUAACAUUUUGAUUAUUUAUAAACAAACUUUUCCAACUUUUAAGGUUCAUCUUCAUUUGAGGCAUAUUGCUGAAAUUAUAUCUGGAGAAUAUGUCCUGUCCAUUUUAUGAUGAAGAAGUCUGAUCCAUUUUUUGAAGAAUAAGUCAUAUCCAUUUUAUGAAAAAUAAGUCAUAUCCAUUUUAUGCACCCUUUGGACAUGUUGUUUUAGUUGAUGCUUGAGUUUGAAUGUUCUUCUGCACAUAUCACAUAUAAAUGGCCUUUCUCCAGUAUGGAUCAUCAUAUGAUUACUCAGAUUACAACUAUUUCUAAACCUCUUGCUACAACAAGGACAUUUAUAUUUCAACUGGAUCAUUUGUCCUCCACGUGUGAUAGAUACAUCAUCUGGAAUGCUGUCAAUGUUCAUGUCAGGAGUUGUUAUUUCUCCAGUGUAGGUACCUAUCUUUCCAGUACUGACAUUUCCAGUGUGGGAUAUUGUCUCUUCAGUAUAGGUACCUAUCUCUCCAGUGUGUUGUAAUUUCCAAUUCUCAUAGUUAAUAUUAGUUGGGUAUUCUCCUUGACCUGGAAUGCAGGUAUACUAGUUAGUUAUACGCAUCCAUACACCUUCCACAAUCUUCCUGAUUUAGAUAUUCAGAAAAAAGUUGAUUUAUAAGGUAUCCCACAUAUUUUCAGUGAGAAUUUUUAAUUACAUG